GGCGUCGUUCUGUCAUUUCCCCCUCCCUGGUCACCUUGGUGAGUUCGGAUGGUCUCCAAAAGCCGCCCCCCUCAGGCGGCUCUGCUCUCGCCCAGCCCUGCACAGGUUUGGGGACGAGGCCAACACCCCAUGAGUGUUUGGCUCUCCUCCUCCUAUUCGCUCCUGCCCCUUAUCCCGUCUAAGUCAAAGGACUUCGGGGCCAGAAGUCCGGGAAGCCGCCGUCAUCUGGCUGCCUGGUUAGGGUCUAGCAGUGCGUUAUCGGUGUCUGGAGUUUUAAUGACUGGAAUUUGGCGGUGGUGCAGCAUAAGCGAUUCCUAAACUGGAGAGUAUAAUAUAUGUAUAACCUCUUUUUAAAAGCCCCUUCUAGCCCUGAAAAGUGUGACGCUAAGUGCAGGGUCUGGGUGGAGAACAUAAAGCCCCAGCAAAGACCUGGCCGGCACUUCCCACUCAGAAUGUAAGGCGGGGAGGGAGUGGGUCGGUUUUCUGUAAAUGGCGCGACCGGCGCUGAGCUAGACCUGCAGAAGCCUCGCCGCAGUCAGGCAGGGCCGGCCAUCUAGGUCCUUCCUGGCUCAUGCUCUGAACAUUUUCAUCCGCUAGAAGUCGGCGUACACGCCCCCUCUGCUGCAAAGGCAGUUUCGGUUUCUGACGACAGCAGUUUCUCAUCGGCCACUCAUUACCAAGAAAAAAUUUGCCCAAUAAAAUAAGUCCCUAGAGAAACGCUUGGCGGGGCCUGGGAAUUCCAGGAAGAAGAGUCGGGUUGUCACUCCUUACGUAUUUGGAGGGGACUCCCCUUCCCAGACACUUGACGACGGGGAAGUGCUGGUGAUGGUUUAGAACGAGGGCUGUCCUCGUUCCGAAAAGGUCGCCAGGGACUCGGACCGAGAGCCGGGAGCCUGUGAAGUGACUUGGGAACCAUGGAAGUUUCCGAAAAAGAGGAAAUCAGUGUUGAAGAUGAAGCUGUGGAUAAAAACAUUUUCAAAAACUGCAGCAAGAUUGCUUUCUACAGGCAUCUGUACACUUCACAUCUGUAGGCGUCAGAAACAGCAGCUCUCCAAGAAGUCCACCUAUCAGGCAUUACUAGACUCAGUCACAACUGGCAAAGACAGCACCAGGUUCCAAAUCAUCAAUCAAGCAACUAAGGUUCCUCUUUUGGCUGAAGUUUUUGGUAUAGAGGGAAAUAUUUUCAGGCUUAAAAUCAAUGAAGAAACUCCCCUGAAGCCCAGGUAUGAAGUCCCAGAUGUCAUCACAAGCAAACCAAGUACUGUAAGGCUGAUUUCAUGCUCAGGAGAUACAGGCAAUCUCAUAUUGGCAGAUGAAAAAGGAGAUCUAAAGUGUCAUAUCACAGCUAACCCAUUCAAAGUAGACUUGGUGUCUAAAGAAGAGGUUGUGAUGAGCAUAAACUCCCUGGGCCAAUUGUAUUUUGAGCAUCUGCAGAUUCCUCUCGAGCAAAGAGCUACCAGAGAAAAGGAGAAUGCAUCAAUUGACGCCUCUCAGAAAAAUCAAGAGGACCUAGGCCUAUGGGAGGAGAAAUUUGGAAAAUUUGUGGAUGUCAAACUUAAUGGUCCCGCCUCCGUUGGUUUGGAUUUCUCCUUGCAUGGAUUUGAGCAUCUCUAUGGGAUCCCACAACAUGCAGAAUCACACCAACUUAAAAAUACUGGUGGUGAGGAUGCUUACCGUCUUUAUAACCUGGAUGUCUAUGGAUAUGAAAUACAUAACAAAAUGGGCAUUUAUGGUUCAGUGCCUUAUCUCUUGGCCCACAAACUGGGUAGGACUUUAGGCAUUUUUUGGCUGAAUUCUUCUGAAACACUAGUGGAGAUCAAUACAGAGCCUGCAGUAAAGAUGGGCCCAGUUGAUGCUAAACAAAAGAGCAAAUCUCGAACUGAUGUGCAUUGGAUGUCAGAGAGUGGAAUCAUUGAUGUUUUUCUGCUGACAGGGCCUACACCUUUUGAUGUCUUCAAGCAGUACUCAUCUCUUACAGGCACACAAGCCAUGCCCCCUCUCUUCUCCUUGGGGUACCACCAGUGCCGCUGGAACUAUGAAGAUGAGCAGGAUGUAAAAGCAGUGGAUGCAGGAUUUGACAAACAUGACAUACCUUAUGAUGUCAUGUGGUUGGACAUAGAGCACACCGAGGGCAAAAGGUACUUCACCUGGGACAAGAAAAGAUUCCCCAACCCCAAAAGGAUGCAGGAGCUGCUCCGAAACAAAAAACGCAAGCUUGUGGUCAUCAGUGACCCGCAUAUCAAGAUUGAUCCUGACUACUCAGUGUACGCUAUGGCCAAAGAACAGGGCUACUUUGUGAGGAAUCAUGAAGGAGGAGACUUUGAAGGGAUAUGUUGGCCAGGUCUCUCCUCUUACCUGGAUUUCACCAACCCCAAGGUCAGAGAGUGGUAUUCAGGUCUUUUUGCUUUUUCUGUUUAUCAGGGAUCUACUGACAUCCUCUACAUAUGGAAUGACAUGAAUGAGCCCUCGGUCUUUAGAGGGCCAGAGCAAACCAUGCAUAAGAAUGCCAUUCAUCAUGGCAACUGGGAGCACAGAGAACUUCACAACAUCUAUGGCUUUUAUCAGCAAAAGGCUACUGCAGAAGGACUGACACAACGAUCUAGGGGAAAGGAGAGACCCUUUGUUCUUACACGCUCUUUCUUUGCUGGAUCACAAAAGUAUGGUGCUGUGUGGACAGGCGACAACAGAGCAAAAUGGAGUUACCUGAAAAUUUCGAUCCCUAUGUUACUCACUCUCAGCGUUACUGGGAUCUCUUUUUGUGGAGCUGAUGUUGGCGGCUUCGUGGGGGAUCCAGAGGCGGAGCUGCUAGUGCGUUGGUACCAGGCCGGAGCCUACCAGCCCUUCUUUCGUUGCCAUUCCACCAUAAACAGCAAGCGACGGGAACCCUGGCUCUUUGGGAAGGAACACACCCAGCUCAUCAGAGAAGCCAUCAGAGAGCGUUACACCCUCCUGCCCUAUUGGUAUUGUCUGUUCUACUGUGCACACGUGACUGCCGAACCCAUCAUGAGGCCUCUGUGGGUAGAGUUCCCUGAUGAAUUAGAGACUUUUGGUGUGGAAGAUGAAUACAUGCUGGGAAGUGCUUUAUUGGUUCAUCCAGUCACAGAGCCAAAAGCUACUGUGGUUGAUGUGUUUCUGCCAGGAUCAAAUGAGGUCUGGUAUGACUCUAAGACAUUUGCUUCUUGGGAAGGAGCAUGUACUGUGAAGAUCCCAGUAGCCUUGGACACUAUACCAGUGUUUCAACGAGGUGGAAGUAUAGUGCCUAUAAAGACAACUAUAGGAAAAUCCACAGGCUGGAUGACUGAUUCCCCAUAUGGACUCCGGGUGGCUCUAAGCACUAAGGGUUCUGCGGUGGGUGAAUUGUAUCUCGAUGACGGCCAUUCUUUCCAAUACCUCCAAAAGCAGCAAUUCUUACACAGGAAGUUUUGUUUCUGUUCAGGUGUUUUGAGCAACAGUUGUGCUGAUGAGAGGGGUCAUUAUACCAGCAAGUGUGUGGUGGAGCAGAUCUUUGUCCUAGGCCUCAAGAAGCAGCCAUCUUCUGUGACCACCCCCUCAUCUGAUGGUAAAGAUCAGCCUGUGGCUUUUACGUAUUGUGCCGGAACAUUCACCCUGAGCCUGGAGAACCUCUCGCUGAACAUUGGCACUGACUGGGAGGUCCACGUUAAGUGACAGAGAAGUGCAUCUGGUGACGAGUAGAGGGAGCAGCCUGCACCCUUCAGCCUCUCCCUUGGCCUUUUUUGAGAUUUGUGCUACCCAUUAAUUGGCUCAAAAAAAUCCUUCAUUAGUCAUCAGUUUACUACUGAACAAUAGAUUUCAGGUUUUACAUUUUUAGACGUAUUAUUAAUACUCCUUGCGUCAAAAUACCAUCUCUUCUCCUAGAUGCAAGGAGCCCUGAGACGUUUAUAGAGUUCAUGUACCUUUCACUGCUUCUUAGGCUGUGGCCCUGUUGUCAGCGCUGUGCCCAGUGAGUGGCUUCUCCUUGAGCAUGGCAGGAUGGGUUUGUUCCAUGUGAGUGUGGCCCAUUCAUGGCUGCUGGUCUCUAGCCAUGCAGUACAGUCACUCUGGCUAGAGCAGCUGAGUUGCUUGAGGCCUAUCUCCAAGUGAGCAGUAGCCUCCAGGAUCCCCCACAGUAUCUUUUCAACAACCCUUUUCUGCCUGCACUGCAUGUACUAUAGCAAGAGGGAGUAAUUCUCUCUAGAGAUUGACUCAGGAGUACAAAGGGUUCUUUUCUCAGUCAUGAUUUUCGGGCACCAAAGUUCCAAAUUAAUCUCAAAAUUUUAAUUUAUCUUAAUUGUUUUUAUUAAAUACUGUCUACUAAGCAAAAGAAUAUUUGCAGCAUGAAUAAGCUAUAAUUAAUAAUAAUAAUAAAGUAAAUACCCAUGUCCCCAUCACUGUACUUUACAAAUAGAACACAUGGCUUUGACCAGGGUAAAGCCAGUGAGGCACUUACCUUGGGCACAAAGAAAUGUGUGACACAAAAAAACCAUAGUAAUCAAAAUAAAUCAUAUUUAAAUGCAACAUUUUAAAACUCAAAAUUAAUGCAAAAAAAUCCAUAAUUAACAAAAUAUCAACAUUUUAAAUAUAGAUAGGAUAGAAUCAGUAUUACUGAGUUCUCCUUUUGCCUCUGGCUCUAGAACAGCUUGAUGUGGGAUAUAACAUUACAGCCUACCUGUCCAUCAGGGUGCUCCCUGCUCUGGAGACCUCAGUGACUUCCAGCUGCCUGCACAGCAUCUGUUGGGGCAGCCUCACGUCUUCAGCACUCCUCCUCACUCAGCGAUUUGUCACCUGUCACUUCUGUGCCUUCUGUUCCCUGGGCCCCCAUAUCCACCCUCUUCCCUCUGCCUAUGCAUAUCUCACCAUCUGACCACCUGUCCAGGCCCAACUCAAAUCCUGCUUUUUCACUAAGCCUCUCUAACUACGCUAGACACCCCCACUCCUCAUGAGUAGUGACUUCCCCUUCUCUGAAAUCCUGCCCCAGUUACAAUAUAUGCUCUACCUUGGCAUUCUCAGGGAUUGUCCCCUACCUAAUGUUUCAGAUUUGUCUGCCUUUUCCCCUGCUAGAUAGUAUGUCCCUCAAGAGCAUGGUAUAUUUCUCUUAUAUCUGCCAGAGUACCAUUACACUUGGCUUUCAGUAAGUAUUGACUGUAACUGGUUAACUGGUGAAUUUGAUUGAUUAAAAAGUGAGAAUUGAA